AUGUACUGCAGAUAUUUUGUCCUCAUCUGUGCGUGGCUUUUUCUUCCAACUCAAAGAAAGUGCACCCUGGGCCAUAAAUCGGACACACACAGCAGUGACAUGGUAUCACUCCCUGGAUUUGAGAACCUCACAGAGGGCUACAACAAAUAUCUCAGGCCCUACUUUGGUGGGAAACCUGUUCAAAUAGCAUUGAGCCUGGAUGUUGCAAGUAUUUCAAGUAUAUCUGAGAGUGACAUGGACUACACUGCUACAAUAUACCUGCGGCAGCGCUGGACGGACCCCCGCCUGGUUUUUCAUGGCAACAAGAGCUUCACUUUGGAUGCUCGUCUAGUAGAAUUGCUCUGGGUGCCAGACACAUAUAUUGUGGAGUCUAAACGGUCUUUCCUGCAUGACGUUACCGUGGGGAAUCGUCUUAUAAGAUUAUUCUCCAAUGGCACUGUCUUGUAUGCAUUAAGAAUCACUACUACUGUUGCAUGUAACAUGGACCUGUCAAAAUAUCCCAUGGACACACAGAUGUGUAAACUGCAGCUGGAAAGCUGGGGAUAUGAUGGAAACGACAUAGUGUUCACUUGGUUUAGGGGAAACGAUUCAGUCCAUGGCCUGGAAAAACUGCGUCUGUCGCAGUACACUGUGGAACGUUAUUACACUCUGGUCACGAGAUCGCAGCAGGAAACAGGCAACUAUCCGAGACUGAUACUGCACUUUGAGCUGCGAAGAAAUAUCCUGUACUUCAUUUUGGAGACCUAUGUUCCUUCCACGCUGCUCGUUAUCUUGUCCUGGGUUUCUUUUUGGAUCACCCUGGAUUCAGUUCCUGCAAGAACCUGCAUUGGAGUAACAACUGUGCUGUCGAUGACAACUCUGAUGAUUGGCUCCCGGACCUCGCUAUCUAAAACCAACUGCUUCAUAAAGGCCAUUGACGUUUAUCUUGGCAUCUGCUUCAGUUUCAUUUUUGGUGCCCUGCUGGAAUAUGCAAUUGCUCACUACAGCUCAUCACAGAAACAUGCAGCUAAAGAGCCUCAAAAGGGGCCUACCAAAGAAACUGAAGAUGUCAACAUCACGAACAUCCUCAAUAGCUCCAUCACCAGUUAUACGCAGAAAAUAAGUUUAGCUAGCGCUGAGAUUUCCAGUGAUAACGUCAGCUAUUGUGACCUGACCAUGAAAACCCAUGACAAAAUUAAGUUUGUGUUGAGAAACAAAAUGCACAGCAUCAUAAGCUAUUUCACAAUUCAGAAUCCCAGCAAUGUUGACCAUUACUCAAAGUUACUUUUUCCUUUGUUUUUCAUGCUAGUCAAUGUAUUUUACUGGGCUUACUAUCUGUAUUUUUAG